AUGUCCGAGCCGAGACAGUCGAGCGAGAAUAAUGACUCCAGGCAGCCUGCAUCGACGCCACUUCGCCGAGAACGAGCACCCACGAUAACAAUCGAUACGUCGGCGGUCGUCUCCUCGGAACCUCCUCCCCAGAUCGAAGCUCCUUCGCAAUCUUCGCAGUCACGCUCUGCGUACAAUGCUGAUCAUACAGACACCAGCGCGCUCCUGAACAGUAGCACUGUUUCUCCUUCAGAUACCCGCUCAGCUCAUUCAGUACGCUCGUAUGCUUCGUCAGAGGGCAGGGAACACGAUAGCAGGCCAACGUCGCCAUCGCCUCGCACCAAUACCUUUUCUCCCGGCGCGAAAAUGGGCGACUCAAACUACCUCUCCGUACCGGGCACCAGAUCUCGCGGCAACUCACUCGAGUCUGAAGACUCGAGCCAUACCAUUGGAGCCGAAUCACGGUCAAUUGGAAGCCAUGGGUCGCCUGCGAGCUCGGCCAAGGUGACGAUCGAAAACUACGAGGAAGCUCUUCUGCCGGACCCGGGUCGCGAGGCAGAAUUCGAGGUUGAGAACAAUCGUUUUGCCUUCUCGCCAGGCCAGCUGAACAAAUUGCUGAAUCCCAAGAGCCUUAGCGCGUUCUACGCCCUCGGCGGUCUUGCUGGUCUCGCCAAGGGCCUGCGGACCGAUCCGCGCAGCGGGUUGAGCUUGGAUGAGACCGAGUUGGACGGCUCGGUGAGUUUCGAGGAUGCAACAGCCCCGAGCAACAACCAGCCUCUGCCAAAGCCUGCCGCUGAAGCGCCGCCCGCAGAGCCGUCCCGCGCUGAUACCACACCACAUAAGCAAGAUGAGAAUGCCUAUUCUGAUCGUAAGCGCGUAUUUGGAGCAAACAAACUUCCUGAGAAGAAGACCAAGAGCAUCCUCGAACUUGCCUGGCUCGCAUACAAUGAUAAAGUGCUCAUCCUGUUGACGGUGGCCGCCAUUAUUUCGCUUGCGCUAGGAAUCUACCAAUCAGUCACAGCAGUUCCCGGUGAGCCGCGGGUUCAAUGGGUUGAGGGUGUCGCCAUCAUCGUCGCAAUCUUGAUUGUCGUCGUCGUCGGUGCAGCAAAUGACUGGCAGAAGGAACGCCAAUUCGUGAAGCUAAAUAAGAAGAAAGAAGAUCGUCUUGUCAAGGUGAUACGUUCUGGGAAGAUGAUCGAGAUUUCUAUCCACGAUAUCCUUGUAGGCGACGUGAUGCAUCUAGAACCUGGUGACCUGGUUCCGGUAGAUGGAAUCUAUAUCGGAGGCCACAAUGUCAAAUGCGAUGAGUCGUCUGCAACUGGUGAAUCAGAUGUGCUGCGCAAAACGCCCGCACAGGAUGUUUACGGCGCUAUCGAACGACACGAGAACCUUGCCAAAAUGGAUCCGUUUAUCGUCUCUGGUGCCAAAGUGUCCGAAGGCGUGGGCACAUUCUUGGUUACGGCUGUUGGUGUGCACUCAACUUACGGCAAGACAAUGAUGUCCCUUCAAGACGAGGGCCAAACUACACCGCUGCAGACAAAACUGAAUGUACUCGCGGAAUACAUUGCUAAACUAGGCUUGGCUGCCGGUCUACUGCUGUUUGUUGUUCUGUUCAUCAAAUUCCUUGCCCAGUUGAAGAGCCUUGGCAACGCGGAUGAGAAAGGUCAGGCUUUCCUUCAGAUUUUCAUUGUGGCUGUUACUGUCAUUGUCGUCGCGGUUCCAGAGGGCUUGCCCUUGGCUGUCACGCUUGCGCUUGCGUUCGCUACGACUCGUAUGCUGAAGGACAACAAUCUGGUUCGUCUGUUACGUGCUUGUGAAACCAUGGGAAAUGCGACAACAAUCUGUUCCGAUAAAACAGGCACACUAACUGAAAAUAAAAUGACUGCUGUCGCCGCAACCCUGGGAACUGGCACUAGAUUCGGAGGGAGAUCACAGGCAGCAUCACCUACAAAUAGAAACGGGGAUCGGCCAGCUGAUUCUGGAAACGAAUUGUCCCCUUCUGAGUUUGCGUCAAGCCUUUCGAAACCGGCCAAAGAGCUCCUACUUGAUUCAAUAGUUCUGAAUUCGACCGCAUUCGAAGGGGAACAGGAAGGGACCAUGACGUUUAUUGGGUCCAAAACUGAGACGGCCCUCCUUGGAUUCGCGCGGACAUACCUCGGACUAGGAUCGCUUAGCGAGGCGCGGGACAACGCAAGUAUCGUCCAAAUGGUGCCGUUCGAUUCGGGUCGCAAGUGCAUGGCAGUUGUUAUCAAGCUUGACAAUGGAAAGAAGUAUCGAAUGCUAGUGAAGGGCGCGUCUGAAGUCCUGUUAGCAAAAUCGACAAGGAUUGUUCGGAACCCUACUCAGAACCUCGAGGAAGGGCCGUUAGAUGACAAGGACCGUUCUAAACUUGACGAAACCAUCAAUAAAUACGCUACCCAGUCCCUGAGAACCAUCGGCCUUGUAUACCGCGACUUUACCGAGUGGCCUCCCCGAGGAGCACCCACGCAGGAAGAAGAUCGUUCACUCGCAGCAUUCGAUUCUAUUUUCAAAGACAUGGUCAUGUUUGGUGUCUUUGGUAUCCAAGAUCCCCUGCGAGCCGGAGUGACUGAAUCAGUCCAACAGUGUCAACGCGCCGGUGUUUUUGUGCGUAUGGUAACUGGCGAUAACAUCGUGACCGCGAAGGCAAUUGCCCGAGAGUGUGGCAUCUUUACCCCGGGUGGUGUUGCAAUUGAAGGGCCUAAAUUUCGAAAGCUCAGCAGCCGUCAGAUGACACAGAUUAUCCCACGGCUACAAGUUCUCGCCAGAUCCAGUCCCGAUGACAAAAAGAUUCUUGUUUCCCAGCUCAAGAAACUCGGCGAGACAGUUGCAGUGACCGGAGACGGAACAAACGAUGCUCAAGCUCUGAAAACUGCUGAUGUUGGGUUCUCCAUGGGAAUUACGGGCACGGAGGUUGCCAAGGAGGCAUCAGAUAUUAUCUUAAUGGACGACAACUUUGCUUCUAUCGUGAAGGCUAUGGCCUGGGGCAGGACCGUCAACGAUGCCGUGAAGAAGUUCUUGCAAUUCCAAAUCACGGUCAACAUCACGGCCGUUCUUCUCACGUUUAUCUCCGCAGUGGCUAGUGGCGAUGAGGAAUCCGUGUUGACUGCAGUUCAGCUUCUGUGGGUCAACUUGAUUAUGGACACUUUUGCCGCGCUCGCUCUUGCAACGGAUCCUCCAUCGCCUUAUGUUCUUAAUCGUCGACCUGAGCCAAAAUCCGCACCCCUCAUCAAUUUGACAAUGUGGAAAAUGAUGAUCGGACAAAGCAUUUAUCAACUGGUGGUGACGCUCGUCCUCAACUUCUCUGGAAGAUCUAUUUUGAAAUCUAUAAUCGACUUUUCUGGUGAUGCCAAUGCAAACAAUGUCCUCACAACGGUGGUGUUCAACACGUUCGUCUGGAUGCAGAUUUUCAACCAAUGGAACUCUCGUCGUUUGGACAACGGACUCAACAUCUUCGAUGGUCUUUUUCGUAAUAGGUGGUUUAUUGGCAUUCAGUUUAUUAUCGUUGGAGGGCAGAUUUUGAUCAUAUUCGUCGGUGGACAUGCCUUCUCCGUUACGCGCCUUACUGGAGCUCAAUGGGCAGUGUGCCUUAUCUUGGGCGUCAUCUCGAUCCCGGUUGGUGUGAUCAUUCGACUCAUUCCGGAUGAGUUCAUUCGCAAGCUCAUCCCGACCUUCCAUCGCAAGAAAGGGCCGGAGCUCAUUGUAUCCGACGAAGACAGGCGUUUUGAGUGGAAUCCUGCCCUUGAGGAGAUUCGCGACCAGCUAAAAUUCUUCAAAUCCCUUCGUGGUGGACGCCUAAGGAAGGUGGCUCACAAGCUGCAGCAUCCUCAAGAACUUCUUCCUCGAUCACGUAGUGGCUCAAGGUCGCGUGAAAAUUCGGCCCCGGGGACUCCUGUUGGCGACAGUAGCGAAGGUACUCCUCCAUUCUCUGCGUCGCCGGAUUCCCGCUCAAGGAGGCGUACGCGUUCCCGCUCCAACUCAGCUUUUGGCCCAGCCGCUGCGAUGGCGGGAGUCGUGGCUGGCAGUAUUGCCGGCUGGUCUCCGAUUGAGCGGCCUGGAGAAGGGGAGGCGUUCAAGUUCGAUUUCAAUAGCAAUGGCAGACGGAGCGGACAACCAGGCAUUGAAGUACAUCCGGACACCGCUCCGGAUGACAAUAUUAUCGGUGACUAUCAAGCGACAUCGACAACACCUCCGAGUCAAAACCCAGACCUGAUUCCGUUCUUUGAACACGCUCCGCCUGCGCGCGAACCCUCACACCGAAGUAGAAGGUCUAGAUCGCGGUCUAGCCAGAGUCAGUCAUGA